GCUAGCAAAGGACAGAAGAGAGAAAGAAAGAGAGUGAGGGAAAGAGAAACAUCUCGUAAUGUCUCUCUUCUUGUUCUCCAUUUAGUGAACUAGCGGCGUUUCGCAGAUAAUGUCCGAGAAUGUCCAUUUCUGGGACUUUGAGCAACUAUUACGUGGACUCCAUCAUAAGUCACGAGAGCGAUGAACUCUCAACCCCGGCUCGCUUUCCCAGCGUCCAGUAUUCCAGCUCGAGCUCCGCCGCCGCCGCGGGCGGAAGGCAGCCCGGCGGCGCGGAGCAUCCCCUUCCCGAGUCGUACCCAUCAUGCAGCUUCCAGCCGAAGCCUCCGGUCUUCUCGUCGUCCUGGAGCCCGUUCAGUCCACACCACGGUGCCAGUGGCCUCCCCACUGUCUACCACCCUUACAUCCCAGCCCAGCACGUGCCCGCCGCGGACACACGGUACCUACGCUCAUGGCUGGACUGUGCACCGCGCGGCUCAGAAUCUGUCCUGGGGCAGAGCCAGACGGGGCAGGUCAAGCUGGAGCCUCAGCUCGGCCAUCUCGGCGCAGAGAUCCCACCCAAAAUCGGCGGACAGCACCAGCACGAGACCACCACGUACAUUUUGGAGUCGGCGUCCACGGCGGCGCGCGAGCUAAGCCACCAUCAGGCCGCCAUCCCGAGAGCAGGGUUCGAAGAAAAUAAGGACAUUUGUGAAGUGAGUGAGGACAAAGACGGCCUGGAUCAAAGUGACCCCUCGGCCAACUGGCUGCAUGCGCGCUCCUCCAGGAAGAAGCGGUGCCCGUACACCAAAUACCAGACGCUCGAGCUGGAGAAGGAGUUCCUGUUCAACAUGUACCUCACACGGGACCGGCGGCAUGAGGUGGCGCGCGCGCUCAACCUGACGGAGCGGCAGGUGAAGAUCUGGUUCCAGAACCGGAGGAUGAAAAUGAAGAAACAGAGCAAGGAUCAACCCAAGGACUAGCGGGAAUCUCACUCGCGGACGCACAUACACAUCCAGACACACACGCACGCUCAUACCAUGUAUCCAAUUUAAAGUCCCAUAUUACUUAUGUCUCGAACACAAAAUGGCCUUCCCAAUAACUGAAAACACACACACACACACACACACACAUACCUGCAAUUUCCAAUUUGUUUUAAUUUCCAGGCACUACCACGUAAGCUUCAGCCCUACACCAAUCUAUACAACUGAUCAAUUGAUCACUAACAGACUCUGAGGACGCCGCCAUGUUAACACUGAAGUCUUAAGAAGCUCGGAAACGCUAUGUCUGGUGUUAGAAGGAGGCAGCUUUUGAACUUUGGAAUAAUUUAAGUUUGCAGUCAUGGAGGAUGAAAAAACUCACACACCAACAGCAAUUCCUCCUGGACCUCCUCUCCUUUAAAUGGGUCGGACUCAAUGUAAAACUGCAGAUUGGACUGUUUGUUUGAUUAACUGAUAGCUCUUGUUUGUCCGACGUCUUCAUAGUUGUAUACGCUAUUAUUUAGGCUCUGAUAUUAGGCUGCAUUAUGGAAACGAAGAACGCAGCAAACCGACUGGCGAUGCUACAACAGAUG